AUGCGAAUGUAUCCUUUCAUAGCCAGUCUUGACAGCAAUUUGAACCUAUCGAGCAUAAAAGAUGUCGCAAAUAUUCCCGCUGUUUACACACAGGACAUCCCAGACGCAAAGGCUGUGAUCAAUGAUAACGGAAAGGUGUUGUUAACGCUUGCCUAUUCACCCACAGAACUGCAUUAUAUGAUACUCAAUUUGGACGGAGAUUUGGAAUGUUACAAAGAGCAUAAUUAUUCGUCUGGUAUGGGUUAUGUCGGAUCCCUUUGUGUGCUUCAAGACAGCAGUGGGGAUUUUGGCCAUUAUGACACCCAUAGCUCAGCGGAAAUGACACGCAUCAAUGAACAACUUGAGAUGGAACCCGUUUUUAGCGUUUAUCUUGUUCAGGAAAACCAAUGGAAUAACUCAGAUACCAUCCACAGUGUCUAUGUGGAUCAAUCACUGUACCCGACACUUCUUCCUUUGACGGACACAUCCUACCUGAUCGCGGAAGAGACCAUAGAAAGCUGGUGGGAUCAUUAUCAUGCACAGAAUUUUUUUAUCGAGCGCAACACCGUGUUUCUAAAAUGUCACAAUAACGGAGAAAUCACGAACAGCAUCCUUGUUGAAGCAAGAAAUGACACCCUUGAACGACCCGCCUAUUACCAAGCAAUGGACUUAACGGAUUCCGGUGCCGUGUACCUUUGCGCAUUUCAGCACACAUCAUACAACGGUGCUGGACCAGAAAUUAACCGAAACCAUAUUAUCCUGAUGAAAACAGACACCAAUCUCAAUCUGAUAUGGGAAAGGCGCUUUUGUCUUGGCGAUGUUUGUCACAGACCUUUGCAGGUUCUCGCUACCCAUGAUGGAGGUUGCCUGAUUACAGGAUAUAUGUAUAAUGAUGAAGACAAAAUAAACUUUUUUUUAUUGAAACUAAAUCAAAAUGGCACUUUAGAAUCUCAAAAAAACGAAAUAAUAACGUUUCCUUUCGCCCUCCGCACCAACCCCGUAAGCGACAUCCUCCACUUGGAAUUUUCCCCCGACGUGCAGCCUAUGGCAGUGGAACUCUAUGAUGUUCAAGGCCGGCUGCUAAGCGCACAAAGCAGUGAUCUCGAAAACAUCAGCGUGGAAGGUCUGACCGCUGGCAUUUAUACCAUGCGGGUUGUCAUGAAAGACGGAUCAUCCUUUUCCGACAAGGUGGUCAAACAAUAA